AUGGCCGAGAGGGAACAUAGCUCUCCUGCAGGUACACCUUUCAUGCAGUACCUGUACUGGGAGAAGGUUCAGCCUCUGGAAGGUGAAUGCGCAUUCAAUCCUAGCUUGUCCAUGGAACCUCUAAUGAGGAAUUGGACUGAAGCUGCAGCCUCAAGGAGAGACAAGUUUGAUUAUGACCACGGCCGUGGCCGUGGUAACAUCAAGAUUGAAGACAACAUAACCAAGGAGUAUAGGGCGCAGGAGCGCAAAGUACCCGAACCAGAAAAGCCAAAAAUGAAGCCCGCCAUUGGUGCGGCAAAGAAGUCCAAGUUAGCCUCAAACGCGGACGAGAUGAUGAACCUCAUCAUGAAGCGGUGUAUGGAUUACAUACGCAGCCAAAUGAAGGAAAUACCAGAACAAGUAGCCGAGAGAUUGUUAGAGAAGUUGAACCAAAAUGGUGUGAUGUACAAGCCAGUGGCUGCUGCGGCUUCCGGCAACAACGAUGCCGACCUAGAAGUGGAUUCCUUUGAGAAUGGUCCGCCAGAAAAAAAAGAAUUCGUGUACAAGGAUGACUCUGACGGUCUAGAGCCGGUGAUUGAUUUGACACAGCCUGACGAGCCUGUUGUAAACCAGAACAAUGAUGAUGAGGAAAAAACACCUGCCAAGUUACAUGUUGACAAGACAACGAAGCCUACUGAUGAGUGCGGCGCAACACCGGAGAACCCUUGGAUUGUAGGUAAUUCUCCUCAAGCAGAAUCGUCUGACAUUGACAUUUCUGCAAGUUCUAUCGACAGGAUGGACGAUUUGACACCGGAACUCAUCGAUGCUGCUGUUGCGUUUGUGGAGGCAGCUGCUCGGUCUGAGAAGAAUAUGACAAAAAGAGUUUACUACAAUGAACGUGGCACCUCUGUGACUGUGGAGAGUAUACGACUGAUUAUCGAUGCUUAUCAGACACAUUUGGCUCUGCGCGUUGGUCAUGAUCGGCACCUCUGUCCAGCCUGGAGGUCCAAAUACCUUGUUGAUCGUGCUAAGGCACGAGACAACCCUAAACCGUCGAAAUACAACAUGGAUAGUGCGCUGAGCAGAGCUGGAGCAAUACGUAGGGUUUUGGACGAGUAUACCGUCCGUGAUAAGUCGUUUAUCCCGUUGAACGUCGGCAAUACACACUGGAUCACCGUGGUGAUGCACAACCUCAAGAAAGAAUUCCGAGUUUUUGAUUCGCUCUAUCCUCUCGAGUUCUCUCUCGACACUGUGAAAGCACUGCGACUAGCAAUAGCAAUUGAUAUGGCAGAGGCAAACCGUAUUACACCUGGCAAAUAUCCAGACGUCACUAAGUGGCCUAUCAUACCUCAGAUCGACAUGCCACUACAAGAGGACGGGAACUCUUGUGGCCUUUUUGUGAUUGAAGUUAUGGAGCGUUGGGACGGGGAUCGAUGGACCGCCGAUUUUACCCAGGGCACCAUUAAUGCAAGGAGAAGGCGUCUCGUCGCCGAGUUGGUUCUCUCGCCUACCAACACAAUUGAAUGUGUGAAGAACAAAAUCCGCGACAUCGCAAAGAAAAGCAAGGCGUGA